AUGAACGGUCCCGUAUAUGCUCGCGGAGCCGAAAUAAUUUGGAUCGGAGAUUUAAAAGCAACGUCAAAUCUUCUGUGGCUCCCACAGUGCUGCUCAUCGACAACGCCGCCCUCCUCAAGCACAAAAGAUCAAAAUGGUAAGCCCAACGUCUGUCGCAUCGAGGAGCUCGACCAGCUACGGUUCAUCUGUCGAAAGAACGUCAUGAAGGAAUGCAUUCUAGAGAUGGAUGCUUGUAAUCGCAGAAUCGUAUCAGCUAUGAAACCUCCCAAAGCCAAAACCGGAACCGGCAAGAAGCCUGCUGCUGCCCCCUUCGGAGCCAGCAAGUCCACCAAGGCUAAGAAGAACCCUCUCUUUGAGGCUAAGCCCCGCAACUUUGGUAUUGGUCAGGACAUCCGCCCCCAGACUGAUCUCACCCGCUUCGUGAAGUGGCCCGAGUAUGUCCGCCUUCAGCGCCAGAAGGUUAUCCUCCACCAGCGCCUGAAGGUCCCCCCUGCCAUUGCGCAGUUCUCCCACACCCUCGACAAGAACACUGCCACCCAGUUGUUCAAGCUCCUCAACAAGUACCGCCCCGAGUCCAAGCAGGAGAAGAAGGCUCGUCUGUUGGCUGCCGCUUCCGCUGCUGCUGCGGACAAGGACAAGGAUGCUAAGGACUCCAAGAAGCCCCUCUAUGUCAAGUAUGGUCUCAACCACAUUGUUGCCCUCAUUGAAGCCAAGAAGGCCGCUCUCGUCGUCAUUGCCCACGAUGUUGACCCCAUUGAGCUUGUUGUCUUCCUCCCUGCUCUCUGCCGCAAGAUGGGUGUCCCCUAUGUCAUCGUCAAGGGCAAAGCCCGGCUCGGCACAGUAGUCCACAAAAAGACCUCCGCAGUUGUUGCCAUCCAAGAGGUCAAGAGCGAGGACCAGCGUGAGCUCGCUACCCUCGUCAGCGCCGCCAAGGCCAACUUUACCGACAAGUACGACGAGCAGCGCCGUCAAUGGGGUGGAGGUGUCCGUGGCAACAAGUCCACUCAGAUGCUCCGCAAGCGUGCCAAGGCCGCUGGCCAGACUAUCACUGCUGCCACCGCUGGCAAGCUCUAA